AGAGCAAACGAUAAAAAAAUGAAUCUCAAUUUUCCAUUCCGAUUCACUUUCGCCGACAUUUGAGUUUUAUUUUUUCUCCUUCCAAGUACAGCGCCAACGUUCAACAGUAAACCGAUAUUAUGAUUCACGUGAUCCAUUUCAAAGCUUAAUUAGUUGCGUCUCUCAAGUUUAUUGGAGCCAUAAUUUCAGUACCACAGACGACCCACCCGGAACGCCAGAUUAUCCCCCCAUCGUUUGUUUUCUGGGUAUCUCUCUAAUUCGCUGCUCUUGGGAGUUUUGAUUGGCAGUGUAUUGGAGUACUGCAGCACAUGGAGAACACGGGCAGUAGAGUAAUUUACUAUCACAUCAGUGAUAAAGAGAUGCACGAUAGGUCAUUUACUUGAUUCUCCAGAAAAAAGAAAUGAAUUUUCUCCACAUGCAAGGAACUAACUACUUCAUUGCUCUUCAAUCAUAUUCAAAUGACUGUGUAAUGAUCAACCACGAUGUGAAUAACAUGUGUUCGGAAAUUGGAGGUUAGGAGGAGUGUGCUAGUGAUUCUAUCAGCAGUGGAAGAAAUCUACUACUGGAGGAGGAAAACUCCACUUUUUUCAGAUCCAUGACAGAGUGGAUAGAUACACAGAGGCCUGACCUAAAAUUUGAUGAAUUGUCAGGGGACAAACAGAAACAAUUAGUUGCAGAUCUAGUGAAGAUACAACGUGAUGGGACUGUAAAAGUUGAUAUAGAGAAGAAUGCCCCUGCUGUUUCAGAACUGUUAAAGCUUCAUCCUACCUUGGAAGGGUCAUCACCCAUAGUUGAUGACGUCGUUUCUGAGUCCAAAAAAUUGAUUCCAAGGUUGAAGAUUGCAAUACUUGUGGUUGGAACAAGAGGAGACGUGCAGCCUUUCUUGGCCAUUGCAAGGAGGCUUCAGGAAUUUGGCCAUCACGUUAGGCUUGCCACUCAUACUAAUUUCAGAAACUUUGUAAGGUCUGCUGGUGUUAACUUUUAUCCUCUGGCUGGCGACUCUCGUGAAUUGGCUGAAUAUAUGACCAGAAACAGAGGUUUCAUUCCAUCUGGACCGGGAGAAAUAUCUGUCCAAAGGAAGCAUCUUAAGGUGAUUAUAGAGUCCACACUUCCUGCUUGCACUGAACCAGAUCUAGAAACUGGAAUGCCUUUUAGGGCUCAGGCAAUUAUUGCAAAUGCUCCUGCUUAUGGACAUACACAUGUUGCUGAAGCUCUUCAUGUACCAUUACAUAUCUUCUUUACGAUGCCUUGGACGCCAACGAACGAGUUUCCUCAUCCACUGGCACGUGUACCCCAAAAUACAGGCUAUUGGCUUUCUUAUAUCAUUGUGGAACUAUUGAUAUGGUGGGGAAUAAGGGGAUCCAUUAACGAGUUCAGGAGGAAGAAGUUGAAUCUUCCACCAAUUGCAUAUUUUAGUACAUAUCGUGGAUCAAUUUCUCAUUUGCCUACUGCCUAUAUGUGGAGUCCCUCUGUUGUGCCAAAGCCAAAGGAUUGGGGGCCUCUAGUAGAUGUUGUUGGCUAUUGUUUCCUGGACCGUGGAUUCAAGUAUCAACCUGAAGAGUUGGUCCUCAAGUGGAUUCAAAAAGGAACAAAACCCAUAUAUGUAGGAUUCGGGAGUAUGCCUCUUGCCGAGCCUCAGAGGACAACUCAUAUCAUAUUGGAGGCCUUAAAGGAUACAGGGCAAAGAGGAAUAAUUGACCGGGGUUUGGGAGGCCUAGGCAAUUGUACAGAACUUCCUGAAGAUGUACUCCUUAUACAAGACUGCCCUCAUGAUUGGUUAUUUCGUCAUUGUUCAGCUGUGGUUCAUCAUGGUGGUGCUGGAACUACAAGCACAGGACUUAGAGCUGGGUGCCCAACGACCAUAGUACCAUUCUUUGGAGAUCAAUUUUUCUGGGGUGAGACAACUCAUCAGAAAGGCCUUGGACCUGCACCGAUUCCUAUAUCUCAACUAAACCCCACGCAUCUGUCGAAUGCGAUUAAUUUUAUGCUCCAGCCUGAGGUUAAAUAUCGAGCAAUUGAAAUAGCAAAACUUAUUGAUAGCGAGGAUGGUGUUGUGGCAGCUGUUAAUGCAUUUCAUCAUCAUUUACCUUCAGAGCUGCCUCUUCCACCUGCAUCUGAAGAGGAUGAAGACUUUGCAAACCCUCUGCAAUGGUUUCUUCUAAAAGUGGAAAAGUGGUGCUGCGUUCCUUGUGGUCUUAGGCUUUGAUCUCCACUGCCAUUUGAGGUUUAGGUACAACAAUGUAUUCUUUUCAUUCUUAGCCUUUUUUGUAUUUCAUUCAUUCAAAUAUCUAAUUAAUAAAACCUGUUUGAUGAAAAAUAAAACAUUAUAUUCUUGUAGUAUUGUCUUCUCAGUGGUAGUUCAGAAUAAGCAAAAGGUAGAAAGUUUAGUAUUUAGUGAAAUAGUAUUCUUUGACAAGCACUUGAAUUCUCAAAAUAUAGAUGAACAUAAACUGAUUAGCUAGAAGGCUUAUAGUUCUAUUGCCAAGAUCUCUUUACUUCUCAAGGAGCAUGAACUUCAGGCUGAAUGGAUGGUGGAAGUGAAGUUGAUGGUGGUGUUGGAUGAUUGUUACCAGUAGUAUCACAAUAGACUGCUAGAACGUUGGCUUCGUCUGCUGUAUAUCCCAACGAGCCGAGUAAUGUCGGCCAACACUUAUGCUGGAUGAUUUUGACCGAUUGACAACAUUUAGGACUUAAGUUAAUCUUUCCGUUGAGAAAGAAUGUGAUAAUUUCACUGCUACAUGCUUCGAGUUGAAACAAUGAACCCCAACAAUCUGAUGCAUUGCUUUCUAAAUUCAACCGUGUCGCUAGGCUUACUUUAGGGUUUGGCCUAGACUCAACCAUGUAUGAUAAGGCAAAAAUUAGAAGGCAUGUGAGAAUUAAGAGCUUUGAAAGGUAAGCCAUUUUGUCUUUUCUUUUGAAGAAGCUAAGUAAUGGAUGACAAGAAGACUAAAUUUCUGUGUGUUGCCAUGGAUUGUAUGAAGCUUUUAUAUAGGGGGAUGGGGAUUUUGUUUAUUUUGUGUAACAUAUAAAUGGAAAAAUGAACAGAUUUUAUUUAAUUAUGAAGUGAAGUUGAUGAGUUUAUGUAA